AUUGAGCUGAAGCAAUGCUGAUCGUUCGGAUGGAUGCGAAGUGUUAACGAAUGAAAGAAAAGAGACCUCGGCAGAAAAUAAUAAUAGAGUGAAUAAUAGAAAACCGAUGUGGUGUAUAUAUAGCAUCUGAGCCUACUAAAAAAGGAGUACAUACGUGUAAAUAACGAGAAAUAUUCGCUAGUAGACUUAAAUACUAUCGACUCAGAUUUGACUUCAGUUGUUCUGGGGCCUUUGUGAAAACAAGUCGGAAAAUAAAGAAAUAAUCUACAAUGGCUGAUAAGGAGAAGAAGAUUAAGAAGAAGAAGGCAAAAGAAGAAGGCUCUGCAGCCGAAUCAGCUGUAGAGACUGCUGCCGAAACCCCAGCCUCAGCAGCCACACCAGCAUCAGAGUCACAGAGAGGAUCAACUCGUGGUUCUGGCUCAAGAAGAGCCAAGAAAGCCCCAUCCUCAGUUUUCGUCUUGUUCUCACAGAAGCAAAUUGCUGAAUUCAAGGAAGCCUUCGCACUUAUGGACAACGACAAAGAUGGCGUUAUUGGCAAAAGUGAUCUUCGUUCAACAUUUGAUGCUUUAGGUAAACUCUGCUCAGACAAGGAAUUAGAUGAGAUGUUGAGUGAAGCCCAAGGCCCACUUAACUUCACACAACUCCUUACACUCUUCGCCGAACGUAUGUCAGGCGGUGGUGCUACCGACGAUGAUGAAACCGUUAUUGCUGCAUUCAAAUCAUUCGACAAUGGACAUGGUAAAAUUGACAGUGAGAAAUUACGUACCUCAUUGAUCAAAUGGGGAGACAAAUUCACAGAAGAUGAGGUCGAUGAUGCUUAUGACCAAAUGGUUAUUGAUGAUAAGGGUAUGAUUGAUUCAGCAGCAUUAAUCACUAUGUUAACUGGAAGCGAGGAAGGAGAAGAAGAAGAAUAAACAUUUUUAUAAAGAAAACAAAACUAUUUAAAUCUCUAUCAAUCAUAAAAACAUACUUAACAUGCAAAAAGUCUUUCUUUAUGCAGCAUAACGCGAUGCUGUUGAUGAAGCUUUUUUGUCAAAUGGAAUCUUUUCAUAGAAUUCACUUUACUAGUUUCAACACUAAACUCUUUUUCUAUCUUUUUUAAUUUUUUGCUUAUUAUGAUUAUUUUUUAUUAUUUAUAUGAUAUUUAAUUUAUUUUAUUUGCCUUGAAUUUUUCUUUUAAUAAUUCUUUUAAAAAAAGCCGUUAAAAAAGAAAACGAAGAAAGAUAUAACGUGUAGUCGUACAUAAGCCUAUAAUUAUUACGUUUGAUGUUGAAUGCAAAUUUCUUUAGAAAAAAUAUCAGAUACUAUUUUAUGGGAAAGAAAGAUAUGCAGAAAAAUGUUUUUUAAUAUUAAUUCUCUUUUUUUGAAUCUUAUUUAAUUAUUAUUAACAUUAUUAUGCAUAUAUAAUACAUUGCAAAGCAAUUUUUUUGGUUGUUGUUUUAAUCGCAUAAAAAAAAAUGUUGAAACGCACACGACCAUCCACCAAACACACAUUUUUAAAUAAGAAUAGAGAGAGCACAAAAUCCUGCAAUUAAAACGCAAUGAAAAAGUUGUUAAUAUUGAUAAUUAUUAAGUCACAAAUAUGAUUUCUUUAUUUUGGCUAGAUUGUGAAAAAAAUAUCCACAAGCAACUCAGAAAAUAAUUUGCACACACAAAACUUACGUUAAAUUAAAAAAAAAUUAUUUUGAAUGAAAUAAAAAGCUAGAAGGAAAGGCCAAAGCUUUGUUUAGGCAUAAGACAUUAUGAGUUAAUUAAGAUUUUUUUUUAAAAUCAC